AUGAUCGCCCUCACUAAAUUGGCAUUUCUACGACGUCAUGUCGACCGGUUCGACAUCCUCAAGAGGCAGCUGCAGAGGAGCUUCCUCAACCAAUCGCAGUACAAGAUCAGACACCGUGACGAACUCCUCAACGAUAUUGAAUCGGCCGAAAUAAACGCUUUCUUCGAGAGAGUGACCGGAGUGCCACUGGACUGCCAGAAGCCCGGUUCUAAGGACCCGGAAGAAUGCAACGUGGCUGGAGAGCGCACGGACAAAAAGCAACACGUAGCCGAUGACGGCAGGACAUCGCACGACUUUAAAAACGUAAGAACAGAAUUCGAAAGGCAGGGCAAUUUCGAAUCUAUGAGGGCGGGGAGCAGGGCACUGCAGGACCUGACCCACCAGGAACGCCAGGCACUCCAACGGUUCGAGGCGCAGUCCAGACUGGCCGACCCGGCUAACCUGCUCAACAAAGGUCGCGCCAAAGCUGACCCUAGGCGGGACGCGAAACACGUCCUGCGUCACAUGCAAAACGUGACCGACACGCACGAUGACAUGGAUGACGACGAAGGCGACCCCAGGGCUGCCGCCAUGGUCGGCGAAAACAGAUUCGAUGAGAUCGUGUCACGCAUACGAGCGCAGAUGCGCGAGGAGAAGCAGGAAAACACCAAAAUCAACAAGGCCAAGGUGCCCAAUUUCAACGGGGUCAUCGUCGACCCGAUCGCAAGGCACGUCAGGAGGAGGCGACUUCGAAUCAACGCCAUGAUCAAGGACCAAUUGCAACAAAUAAUUACGGCAAACGACCCCUCCUUCAUACUCGGAGAGCACAUCAGGGCGUCCAUUUCGCUCGAAAGGGUGGAAAUGACCAGCGGCAAGGCGACAAUAAGGUGCUACUACACCGUGAUCGGGGGUGGCCAAGACGACCAGCGCGUGCACGAAAUGCUGCAGAAGGCGCAGAAAAAGGUCAGAUUCUGCCUGGCGCGAAAACUCGAGCUCGGAUACACGCCACCGGUCCUCUUCAUCAGGGCAAACGACGCCGACGUGGCGCACGCCAAGAGAACCGCAAAGUCGCCAGAUAGCGCAUUCAACAGACCGCUGGACGUACCCAUAAAGGGGAAGGCGACAUUAACGUUAAGCUACACACUAGAUAAGAACUCAACGCGCGCAGUGCACAGUGAAAACAAUGUUGGUACUGUACUGUUAGACAAGGCGAUGCCAUUGAUUGACGGCCGCCACGGCCGCCUUCUAGUCGUGAACGCUCUGAAACACCAGGUCGCAGUUCCAGUCUUACAAAACACCCUAAUUCGAGGCGAUACCGCUGCUGUGUACUCACACAUAACGCUGAUUUAG